AUGAAUACCAAGGAGACUUGUGGAUCCGAUGUUUCGUUUGAUGAAUAUGUCAAGUAUUUAAACACUCGUCAGUUUAAAACAAUUGACCCUCACCUUCGACCGGUUGCGUACACAUGCGACGCAUGCGCAGUAGACUAUGACAUCAUUUGCAAGAUGGAAACGUUCGAAGAUGACACGGUAUAUUUUGAAAAGGUAGGGUCCUAUAACAGUGAUAUAAUAUUCAGAGAUAUGAACACUGAGUAUAAGGUGGAUUACAUAGUUGAUGCUGUGGUGAGGGCGUAUGACCUUAGGGAGGGAUGGACGCGGUGCCUAAGUCUUCAUGCAGGAAACCAGAGAUUAUGGCGUCAGUUGCAAAUAGGAGGGAUGAUAGAGAAAAUACAGUCGUACCCGCUUUCACCCGAGCAGAGUAACAACAUCACCGUGACUGAAUAUCUCAACAUGGCACUGGAGGCCUUCAAGAAAUCCGGGCCGUCGGCUAAAGCCAACAAGAAAGAAGCCUUUACGCGCCCUGAGGAACUGUUCAACGAAAACAGAAAACAUUGGACUGGUUUUGACUACUUUGAUGUCAUGAAACUGAAGUAG